ACUGGUCGUACUGGCGCUAUAAGAAGUCUAGGUCAACAGCGCGUGUGCCUUACGAUAAAAAAUAAAGUACUACACAAUACAAUUGGAAUCAGCUGUUCUUUACGCUCGCAGUCACUGCAACGGUCGCACUGAACACACACGUGGAAUGUGGUUCUCGUAUUUCGUUUCACUCCGGGUUCAUUAUUAUUCUCGUUGUAUUGUCAAGUUUUGUAAAUAAUAUACAGGAACUAUGGGUGAUUCAAAAACAUAUAGGACUGAUACUGAGGAACCCCUAUUAGUUAAUUCAGUAAAAAGUGGUAAUCUGCAAAAAGGAGAAGGCGCGCAUAUAAAUAAUGGUCAAACAUUCAGGGACCUGAAGUCUGGAGAAAUUAUUAGAAAUAAAAGUGCGCUUCUAUUAAAUAGAAGAAGAAAUGAAAAAGCCAUGGAGAAAUGGAAACUGGUCCCUCCGGAUGGUGGGUGGGGAUGGUUGGUGCUAUUUGGUGCCACACUUGUUAACAUAUUGGUUCCUGGUAUGAUCAAAUCGUUUGGUGUAUUAUUUGUCGAGUUCUUGGAGGGAUUUGAUGCGUCCACUUCUCAAGGAAUGUGGAUUCCAGCACUAUGUUAUUUUUUGUAUAGUUCCUUAGGUCCAGUAUCCAGUAUUUUAUCGGUUAAGUAUUCCUACAGAACUGUAACAUUUUUGGGAGGCUUAUGUGCUGCAGGAGGAAUGAUAUUAAGUUAUUGGGCUACUUCUUUACCAUACCUAUAUUUUUCAUACGGAGUACUUGUUGGAUGUGGAGCAGGAUUAUCUUUUCCACCAACUGUUUAUAUUGUUACCAGUUAUUUUGUUAAGCGAAGAGGAAUUGCUAAUGGAAUUUGCAUAUCCGGUUCCGCUUUUGGUUCAAUUCUUUUACCUCCUUUACUACGUGUACUAUUAGAAGCGUAUGGCUACAAGGGAGCGUGUCUUAUAAUGGGUGGGGUACUGUUAAACGUUUUCGUAGCAGCACUCUUCUACGACCCAGUUGAGAAGCACAUGAAAAGAGAAGAAAAUGAUAAUGAUGAUAUUUUAGAAGAGUUGCCAGAACCGGAUCAAAGCAAAUUUAUUAUAAGCGAAAACAGUCUGACGUCUCUACCUCAAAUACCUCAUAACGAAUCAUUCCUAGAACAAAGUGAUAUUUCUGAUUUAGGAUUUAAUAGAAGUGCUUCGAGUGCUGCAGUACAGAAUUUAAAAAGCCCACACAGAGAGAGAAAAAUUAGUAUGCCAACAGGAAAACACGAAGUUAUGAAAUAUAAGCAAGGAUAUAUAACUUCGAAGCAUAAUAUAAAUAGUAGUUCAGCCCUUCAUGCUGUACCGGAAGGCUCAAAUGGGAAUGGGGAUUUGGAAUUGUCAUCUCAAAGAAGACUCCCUAGUUCUAGAAGAUCCACGAGGCCAGGAAUACCAAAAAGAAGUACGUCCACCAGUUCUUUCCAGUAUAUCAGUACAGCAUAUCAUGGAAGCACACUAACACUGCAGCCUGAAACAUUUGCCAGCUCAUUUAGUUUAGCAAAGGGAAAGCAAAGUGAUACUAAUGGUGAACCAGUCAAGAAAAUAAAACUAUUUGAUAUUUCAUUACUUAAAGAUCCUUUAUAUCUCAUCAUACUGAUUUCUAAUGCUACAAAUGCCAUCAGCUACACGAAUUUCAUUAUACUAUUACCAUCUUAUGCGGGAAAUCUUAAUUUUGAUAAAAAUAGUGGUGCCUUACUUUUGUCUAUAGUAAGUACACUGGAUUUGGUAGGGCGACUGGGUGGCUCCGCCCUUUCAGAUUUAACAACAUUCCCUAAAUCCUGGUAUUUCGUUUGUGGAUUGUUUAUUUCGGGUAUUUCACUAGCUCUUUUACCUUUUUUCCAUAAUUAUUGGGUAAUAGCCGCUUUUUGUUCGGUAUUUGGAUUAGCAUCUGGUACGUAUGUCGGUAUUACGGCCAUUGUCAUGGCGGACUUAAUUGGAGAAGAAAGGCUACAAUCCACUUACGGAAUAUCCUUGUUUGUAAACGGGAUUCUACAGUUGGUGGGACCGCCAGUUUGCGGAAUCUGGUUCGAAGCCACCAACUCUUUUGUAUCGCUGUUUUGUAGUUUAGGGACUAUAUUAACGGCUGGUUCAUUACUAUGGAGCUUUGUACCUUGUUUAAAGCAAAAACAAACCUCUUAGACUAAACGAUAACAGAAAGAUAUCUUGCUUGUGAAAAAUUAUGAUAUUAAUUAGGGCAUUAACAUGAUAUAUAUAUAAUUUAUUUUUUUAUUGUAUGUAUAUAUAUAUAGUUACAAAAAAUGUAUGUAUAUAUGUCCCUUUCUUACGUAGACCACAUUUUUUACUGUUGGGAAGAAAAAUUGUAUUUAUGGUAAAAAUAGGUA